GUCGGGGCCGGGGCCGGCGCUGUCUGGGGCCACCGGGAGGGCGGCCCGGCGGCCCGCGGCCACCUGGAUGGGCCUCAGAGCUGCCGCGGGCGCAAAUGGGGACUGCCGUCCCUCAUCGCUGCUCCCCUCGUGUACCGUGGGCUGUAUUUCAUUUUUUAAAGGACACACUGGAAAAAAGAGGAGCUCUUGCCCAAAUCAGAGCGAGGAUCAGAGCUGAAGUGUUUAAUGCCCUGGACGACCAGAGCGAGCCGCGGCCGACGCUGUCCCGGGAGAACCUCCUGAUCAAUGAACUCAUUCGGGAAUACCUGGAGUACAACAAGUACAAAUACACAGCAUCUGUUCUGACAGCAGAAUCCGGCCAGCCUGAAGUGCCCUUGGAUAGAGAAUUUCUUGCCAAAGAGCUGAAUAUAGUUGAAGAUGCAAGUGGAAAAUCAGUCAGACCUCUCCUGUAUGGAAUUCUCUCUCAUUUCUUACAUGGUGGUAAAGAAGAAAGUACCCAGAAUAUCCUUCCAAAAGUGUCUUUGAUGAAUUAUCCAAAGCAGAACCUUGGCAAACCACCUACUGAGAGAAAUCAAAAAGACAGAAUUCCAGAACCAGGAAGGAUGGCUGGCACGAGCAUCGAAGAGCCUCUUAUUUUACGAAGUAUAAAGAGAUGAUAUCUUUCAUUUGCUAAUUUCUCCUAUCAGGGCCUGUCGGAUUUAAUUUAGGACAUUCUUCAUUGCAUAAAUUUCUCCAAUAAAUCCAAUGGGACCAUUUUAGCUUGUAACAUCUACUCAUGAGACAGGAUCACAAGGUCAUACUUAGUGUCAAUUUAAACAAUGUUGGCAAGGCUCUUUCUUUCCCCAGUGCUGAUAGAAGGAAAACCGUCUAGGGAGUCACAUUAGUGAAUCCUGUGUCUAGAAAUUGCACCUGAAUAUACUGGGUUUGUCCAAUAAAUUUUUAUAUAAUAACUUAUAAUUUCUGCACUUGUAUCUUUGUGUGUUUUUCCUGUGCUUUUGAAUAAAUUUUUUCUAUUUUA